AAAAUAUUGAUUCAAAUUCAAUUUAUGAAUUUCAAUACUUAAAAACUACAAAAAUGAAUGAUAGUAUGAAUAAAAUAAGUAUGUUGAAUGAUACGAUUACAAUUAUCAAAGAGCAACUUAAAAAUAUUCGUGAUUCAGUCGAAGAAGGUAUUAGUCUUUCAGAAGAAAAUAUAGAUAUUGAUGAAAAUAUUCAGCAAAAAAUAAAUGAUGACAUAAAUGGAGAUUGUAAUGAGUUUGAAAUUCUUUAUUUAAAUCCUAUCCGUAACAAAGAAAAAAUCUUGUUGGAAGAAAUUGAGAAAUUUAGUAUUCAAUUAUGUGGUACCUAUGAAAUCGGAGUAAAAGGAAUUCCUUAUUUACUAAAAAAUAAACCAAAAUUUCCAGGUCGACUUGGUCGACUUCCAAAUUUAAUUCCGGGCAAAAUUGGGUACAAUUAA